UUAACGUCACCACGCGCACGUGUGAGUAGGAAGCGUGGUGUGUAACGUUCAUCAUCUGGAGUGAAAAUGGCAUCGAGACCUAAAGUGAAGAUUGGGAUCAUUGGUGGUUCUGGUCUUGAUGAUCCCGACAUCCUGGAGGGCCGAUCUGAGCGCUAUGUGGAGACACCAUUUGGGAAGCCAUCUGAUGCGUUGAUUUUGGGCAAGAUCCGGGACGUAGAGUGUGUGCUGCUCGCCAGGCAUGGCAGGAAACACACCAUCAUGCCAUCUAACGUGAAUUAUCGUGCAAAUAUCUGGGCUCUGAAGGAGGAGAAAUGUACUCACGUCCUGGUCACCACGGCCUGUGGCUCGCUGAGAGAAGACAUCAGACCAGGGGACAUCGUCCUCAUUGACCAGUUCAUUGACAGGACAACUAAGAGAGCUCAGACGUUUCAUGACGGUGAACUCCGCAGUCCUCCUGGUGUGAGUCACAUUCCCAUGGCAGAACCCUUCUGCUCCAGAACCCGAGAGGUCCUGAGUGAAGCUGCAAGGUCUCUGGGUGUCUCGUUCCAUGUAAGUGGUACGAUGGUGUGUAUCGAGGGUCCUCGGUUCUCCUCACGUGCCGAGUCUUUGAUGUUUCGUCAGUGGGGUGCUGAUGUCAUCAACAUGACCACCGUCCCUGAGGUUGUGCUCGCCAAGGAGGCGGGGCUUUGCUAUGCCGCCGUUGCCAUGGCAACUGACUAUGAUUGCUGGAAGCAGCACGAGGAGGCGGUGUGUGUGGACAACGUGCUGAAAACUAUGAAAGAAAACGCAAACAAAGCCAGCAGCAUCUUACUGACAGCCAUCCCACUGAUCAGCCAGCUGAACUGGGAGGAGACAAUUAGCCAGUACAGAGCGAUGGCUCUCUCCUCUGUGAUGCUGCCCAAACACUGAACCUCCUGAUGAUGGACACACUGCACUUUUCUGUAAUGAGCAAAGUCCCUGAUUAUAUUUUAGCCAGCGCGAGCAUUCCACACACACACACACACACUUCACUUGUUAGAGUGGAUGUACCUUAAGCAGUGUGAGUGUGUAAAUCACUUUUAUAGCACUAGUAAUUUGUUUUUAAUAAUUUACAGUUAUUUGCGUCUGUCAUCAGUCUGAAUAAUAAACAUUUCAAACUUCA